GGGUUUCUGUGAAGAAACUUCAGAAAUCUNCUGCAGCCCGGGGUCAACAAAUUUUCUCUCCGCAUGUUCGGCAGCCAGAAGGCGGUGGAGAAGGAGCAGGAAAGGGUUAAAACUGCAGGCUUCUGGAUUAUCCACCCGUACAGUGACUUCAGGUUUUAUUGGGAUUUAAUAAUGCUUAUAAUGAUGGUUGGAAAUUUGGUCAUCAUACCAGUUGGAAUCACAUUCUUUACAGAACAAACAACAACGCCAUGGAUUAUAUUCAAUGUGGCAUCAGAUACCGUUUUCCUGUUGGACCUAAUCAUGAAUUUUAGGACUGGGACUGUCAAUGAAGACAGCUCUGAAAUCAUCCUGGACCCUAAAGUAAUCAAGAUGAAUUAUUUAAAAAGCUGGUUUGUGGUUGACUUCAUCUCAUCAAUUCCAGUGGAUUAUAUCUUUCUUAUUGUAGAGAAAGGAAUGGAUUCAGAAGUUUACAAAACAGCCAGAGCCCUUCGAAUUGUGAGAUUUACAAAAAUUCUCAGUCUCUUGCGUUUAUUACGUCUUUCAAGGUUAAUUAGAUACAUACAUCAAUGGGAAGAGAUAUUCCACAUGACAUAUGACCUCGCUAGUGCAGUGGUGAGGAUCUUCAAUCUCAUUGGCAUGAUGCUGCUCCUGUGUCACUGGGAUGGCUGUCUUCAGUUCCUGGUUCCCCUGCUCCAGGACUUCCCACCUGAUUGCUGGGUUUCUCUAAACGAAAUGGUUAAUGAUUCUUGGGGAAAGCAAUAUUCCUACGCACUCUUCAAAGCUAUGAGUCACAUGUUGUGCAUUGGCUAUGGUGCCCAAGCGCCCGUCAGCAUGUCUGACCUCUGGAUUACCAUGCUAAGUAUGAUUGUUGGAGCCACCUGCUAUGCAAUGUUUGUUGGCCAUGCCACAGCUUUGAUUCAGUCUUUGGAUUCUUCAAGGAGGCAGUAUCAAGAAAAGUAUAAGCAAGUGGAACAAUACAUGUCAUUCCAUAAAUUACCAGCUGAUAUGCGUCAGAAGAUACAUGACUACUAUGAACACCGAUACCAAGGCAAGAUCUUUGAUGAGGAAAAUAUCCUCAAUGAACUUAAUGAUCCUCUGAGAGAGGAAAUAGUCAACUUCAACUGCCGGAAACUGGUGGCUACGAUGCCUCUCUUUGCUAACGCGGAUCCCAAUUUUGUGACUGCCAUGCUGAGCAAGCUGAGAUUUGAGGUGUUCCAGCCUGGAGACUACAUCAUUCGAGAAGGGGCUGUGGGGAAGAAAAUGUAUUUCAUCCAGCAUGGUGUUGCUGGUGUCAUCACCAAGUCCAGUAAAGAAAUGAAGUUGACAGAUGGAUCUUACUUCGGAGAGAUUUGCCUACUGACCAAAGGCCGGCGCACAGCCAGUGUUCGAGCUGAUACAUACUGUCGUCUUUACUCUCUUUCGGUGGACAACUUCAAUGAGGUUUUGGAGGAAUAUCCAAUGAUGAGAAGAGCUUUUGAGACAGUUGCUAUUGACCGACUCGAUCGGAUAGGCAAGAAAAACUCCAUUCUCCUUCAGAAGUUCCAGAAGGAUCUGAACACUGGUGUUUUCAACAAUCAGGAGAAUGAGAUCCUCAAGCAGAUUGUGAAACACGACAGAGAGAUGGUGCAAGCUAUCCCCCCAAUCAACUACCCACAAAUGACAGCCCUGAAUUGCACAUCAUCAACCACCACCCCAACCUCCCGCAUGAGGACACAAUCUCCACCUGUCUAUACUGCAACCAGCCUGUCUCACAGCAAUCUGCAUUCGCCCAGUCCCAGCACACAGACACCCCAGCCCUCAGCCAUCCUGUCACCCUGCUCCUAUACCACAGCAGUCUGCAGUCCACCUGUACAGAGCCCCCUGGCCACACGAACUUUCCACUAUGCCUCUCCCACUGCUUCCCAGCUGUCACUCAUGCAGCAGCCGCAGCCGCAGCUAUCGCAGUCCCAGGCACCGCAGACUCAGCCGCAACAACAGCCACAGCCUCAGCAGCCACAGCAGCAGCAGCAGCAACAGCCACAGACACCUGGUAGCUCCACACCGAAAAACGAAGUGCACAAGAGCACGCAAGCACUUCAUAACACCAACCUGACAAGAGAAGUCAGGCCCCUCUCGGCUUCGCAGCCCUCGCUGCCCCAUGAGGUGUCCACUAUUAUCUCCAGACCUCAUCCCACUGUGGGCGAGUCCCUGGCCUCCAUCCCUCAGCCUGUGGCAGCUGUCCACAGCACAGGCCUUCAGGCAGGGGGCAGGAGCACAGUGCCACAACGUGUCACUUUGUUCCGACAGAUGUCCUCAGGAGCCAUCCCCCCCAACCGAGGAGUGCCUCCAGCACCUCCACCACCAGCAGCUGUGCAGAGAGAAUCUCCCUCAGUCUUAAACACAGACCCAGAUACAGAAAAACCACGUUUUGCUUCAAAUUUAUGA